ACUAGCUUCACUUUUGACUUUAUCAACUUAAGGAGAGUCAUGACGUACCUUAACCAUUAACAUCAAUAUUCUAAUCUGUAACUGUCGUCUGCCUCUCCAAUCCUACGAUACGACCGAACAUCAAUUUACCUAUAUCUAAUAAGUAAAGAUGGCGUUGCCGCGGGUGAAGAAUCUCGAAGAUUGUGCCGAUUACUCCCAAGUGGUUGAACCAUACCUAUCUCAAGUCUACGAUUUGCCUGCGAAGAUAAUCGAUGCUGUCUCAAGCCAUGAAUCAAUUGUCGAGUUAUACAAAGACACCAAUCCGUUGGUAUCUGGACUUGGGUUUUCCAUAUUCCUCGGCGUCAUAUUCUUGGUCGUAUCCGAACUCAACCGGAACUAUUCCCAGGUUGACCGUAUGUGGAGUCUGUUGCCUACGAUAUACAAUGCUCAUUUUGCUGCUUGGUCUCAUUUAAACGGUCUGCCGAGUCGAAGGGUGGAUUUAAUACUAUUUUGGAGUGUGAUAUGGAGCGCUCGAUUAACCUAUAAUUACACACGGAAAGGUGGUUACAAUGUUGGAUCAGAGGAUUAUAGAUGGGCAAUAAUUCGCAGCCAAACACACCCGGCACUUUUCUUCCUGUUGAAUGUCACAUUCAUCUCGUUUAUCCAAAGCAUAUUACUCUUUCUUCUCGCUGCACCGACAUAUAUCAUAAUGAUGACUGCGAACUUCGAGCAGGAUAUUACAGCAGUGGACCUAAGCUUCGCAGCCGCCCAACUCGGGCUCAUUCUGUCCGAAUGGGUCAGCGACCAGCAACAAUGGGACUACCAAGCAGCGAAGAAGCAGUACCAAGAAACGGCAAAGAUCCCGCGAGGAAGCGGGUUUACGCAGGAAGACCUUGACCGAGGUUUCAUCACAUCCGGUCUGUGGGCAUACUGUAGGCACCCGAAUUUUGCGGCCGAACAAACCAUCUGGGUCCUAUUAUACCAAUGGAGCUGUUACGCAAGCAAAUGUCUUUACAGCUGGGCCGGCUUAGGUCCUCUGUCUUUGAUCAUGGUGUUUCAGGGAUCAACCUGGCUUACGGAAUCAAUCAGCUCCGGAAAGUAUUCGGAGUACGAGCUUUACAAGAAGCAGGUUGGUGCUUUCAUACCUAGCUUCACUCCGUAUAGAACACCUGCAGCAACGCCCAAGGUGAUUCGGUCGAGCGACUUAGCCAAGAAACAGAAGGCCAAGCAGAAGUAGCCCUAGAUCUCGCUAUGUUCUAAUGGUCGGAUGGCGUAUGCUAGAUGUCCUCACAUGCGCAUUGAAGGGGUGUAUCACCCACCAUAUAUGUCUACAUUCUACUGCAGUAUGACGCAACCGUGCAGCUCGGUCCGGAACAUCAAAGCUUGACCGCGAAAUCUAUUUGUCCUCGCGGGCUGCGGGGACGCCUCAAUGCAUGAGGAUAAGCAGUUAAUCCUAGAUAGAUCCAUGAGAAAAAGGAAAGAAAAGACGCCAACGUCUUAUUCAACAAAAUAGCUUGCAGGUGGCCAACAAUUUCUAUUUAAUUCAACUGCA